AUGCCCCCACCAGAAUAUGUUUUCCCUCGGGACUAUCUUGACAACAACCGCCGCCUUUCCGCCCAAACAGCUACUCCUCGCAAUGUUGGCCUGCAUAAUUGGGACAUGAAAACAGACGUCCCGAAAGAAUCCAAAGGUGUAUACGACAUUGUACAUGUUCGCAAUGUAGUGUUUGUGUUAUCGGAUCAGGGGAUUGAGGAUAUUCUCAGUAAAGUCUUCGGGCUUAUAAAACCCGGGGGCUAUACUCAAUGGGGAGAAGUCGACAUCCACUACCUGCGCAUCGACAAGAUCAACGAAGAAUGCAGCACCUCUGCUCUUGAGGAAAUAGUACGAAUUACUCGCUCCGCUGACCCCAGAUUGGUGCCUCACUGGGAUCCUGAGCUCCCGCGCUUAUUCGAGAGCAUCGGAUUGGUGGAUAUUAAGAAAGAGACUCGUGAAGGUCCGGGAUAUAUGGAUUACAUGCUCCAUGAAUGCGUCUUGAUGGCGCACGACAUUAUUGUUCGGAAUACAAAUAAUAAGGAAGUGGGUCAGCGUUUGCAUGGGAUAUUGCUUUGUGUUUUGGAUUUACUGUAG